AUGGCUUCUCCGUCGUCGCCAGCCCUUCCACCACUGCCGUCAUCGUCGGCUCAGGUGCCACCGUUCUCUAAACCACCACCAACAGCAGCUUCAUCCGGGAAUAACAAUAACAGCAAUAGUGGCAUGCAGCUCCCUCCAUAUUCAGCAGACUUGUCUCAGAAAGAGCGGUCAUUAGCGGCAAGCAUCUUGAUUGCCCUGGCUGACCAGCAGAGAGAAGAGCACGAGGACAACAAGCUGCAGCAGCAGCGAGACCAGGAGCGAAACAGAGAGCGUCAGCAGCAGCACCCGUCGUCCACGUCACUGCCGUUAUCCCUACCGUCACCGCAGCCGCCGUUGUUGUCGCCAUUACCACAACACGAGAGGCGGGGGUCAGAGCGACCGACUACCCCUUUGGAGCAUUACUCUCCUCACCACCAACAUCAGCACCAGCAGCACCAGCAACAUCAUUUGGCAGCAGGACGCGGCAGUAGCAGCGUGCGAUCCUCUCCCGAGUACUUUGGUCACCCUCAUCAUCAUCAACAACGUCAGCAACAACACCAGAACCCUCGCUAUCACGAGGACGAUCGGGAUCAUCGGGAACAUUGGGACCAACCCCACCACCACCCCUCUUCUCCUCAGGACGACCACCACCGCCAUCAUCGAGACUAUCGGGACCCCCGAGACCACCGUGAUCAUGCUGACCACCACUGGACCUAUGCCCAGACGAUGCCUCCCCGGAAACGACACCAUUCUGCCUGGAACCCUUCUGAGGGUGCUGCACGACCCGCGUCUUCGCCUCUAACACCUCAUGAAGGCAGUCGCCCCAGGCCCGCCUCCCAAUCAUCAAGUCAUCAUCACCAUCACCCUGUCAACGGUGACGGGCUUGGUAUUACAAGUAGCAGCAGUCCAGCAGGAGCAGGAGGCAGGACUGGACCCCCCAACAGCAAUGGUACAGUCAAAAACGGGACGACACAUUCUUACUCAAAGACGGAACAUUCGACGAGCGUGUCGUAUACUAUCACCUCAACCAGCGGAGCCAAGUUGCCGCCACCUAGCAGUGUUGCUACCACCACGCCGGCAUUGAAGCGCGUCGCGUCGUCUUCGCCGUCCUUGACCAAGACCACACUUUCUCCUUACCCAGCCCCUCCUCCUUUUACAACGCCCUCACCAAAAUCGACCUCUUCGACCCAUCCACCACCACCAACCCCUUCCUCUGUUGCCCAAGCCCAAACAACAGCCGAACGUCGUCGCACAUCCACAACCACAACAACGGCAACCCCGACUCCCGAACAAGAGACCCCACCUCCUACCUCGUCUUCUAUGCUCAACGGCGUAUCCAUUACCAACACCACAGGAACGCCACACACGCCUACAGAAGAAAUCGAGGAAGAACUGACCAAAAAACGAUUUAAGAACACCUUGGCCGCGCGUCGAUCCCGCGCAAAGAAGGUCAUGAUCCUCGAACAAGAACGUCUCCGAGCCACUGAACUCGAAUCCGCCAAUAAGGCUCUUCAGAUACGUGUUGCUGUGCUCGAGGCUGAGCAGAGGCAGUGGCAAGUGGUCAAGGAGGCCCAGGCUUUGCGGAUAGUCCGGUUAGAAUCUGAACUUGCGCGUGCGAAGGAAUUAAUAAAAGAACGGGAAUGA